AGGCUGUAUGGUACGAUGCCUUCGCUUUUCACAUAGAAGUGACAGUCUCAAAAAUAAUCAAAAAUCAGUCAAAACAAAAGCACGUUUCAAAAAUUGUUUUGAUCUGAUUCAUUUUCUGAAAUAAAACUUAGUAAAGAAACUAAAAAUGGCUCAGGGCAAGCUAAAAGUAAAAACGAAGCUACCCUCCGGUGCCAAAGCUAAAAAGGGCAAAAAUAAGGCAAAAGGUAAAGCGGUCACGAAACGUCCUAACGCGCCCGUUCCAAGUAAAUCUUUGAUUGAGCGUAACAAGAUGAAAGCUGCUGUAACGAAGAUGGUGAAUUCUGUUGCUGAACAACAACUUCGAGCACUGGCAACUACCACUCCGCAGCUCUCGGCGGCCCAGCAGCGGGCGGCAGCCGCUCCGACAGCACCGGCACCUGCCAAAUGACCUCAAACAAUAUCGAAAUAACCUAACGUGUGAUUGUUCAGAUUAAUAAUCUGUAAAA